CUUCUUCUCUGUUGUAAUACGGCAACUUGCCCUCAUUUUAGGAAAUCAGACAUGGCUUCCUCAUUGAUUUGCAGCGAAACACAGAGCAGAGUAAGCUCUGUUCUGAACAGAGAUGUUAAGCAAUUCGGGAAGAAGUACAUGUUUGACUCGAAUGAAGAAGCGUGCUGGAACUCUGACCAGGGCGAUUCUCAGUGGGUUACUCUGGAAUUCCCACAGCCUGUCAGAGUGUCAGAAUUAAAGGUGCAGUUCCAAGGUGGCUUUUCAGGGAAAACGUGCAAAUUGGAAGGAUGCCCAAAAGAUGGAGAUUUGGCUAAAAUCAUAGAUUUUUACCCAGAAGACAGCAGCUCACUACAAAGCUUUCCCAUUCAGGAGGCCCCCACGGUGCACAGGCUAAAAAUUGUGUUUGAGAACAGUGCCGACUUCUUUGGGCGAAUAAUUGUUUACUCCUUGGACAUCCUGGGGGAAAGAGCUUUGUGAUGUUUCUGUUUCUGCGUUAGAGAGAGGGAGAGACUUAUAGGGAAAGAGAGGGUAUAGUGCCAUUGAAGAAUAUGACUGCUGGAAGACUGUACCACCCCACAUUAAUUGUUUGGAAUGGGAACGAUAUCUGACAAUUUUUGGUGAGGACAUUUUUAGUUGGUUACCUGCUUGCGCAGGUACAAGGGAAAAGGGAGGACUUGCCUCAGACACAGAAUCCGGAUUUUAUUGCAGCUUUCCAGGCUUUAAGGUCACGCAACCACCUGCAUAUUCAAAUGCUUGUGCCUUGCAUUUGAUUUCCCAUUCCAAAUGAACAUCGUAAAAUGUGUAUGAAUUUUGUUUUUGAAUAUUUUUGUUUACUAUCCAUUGGUGCUAUCCCCCCCCAAAAAAAUUAUUAGAUAUUUAAACAGUUUGUUGAAAAAAAUUAAUAAAAUGAAAUAUAAACAUUUCCUUAAUAUACAAAACAUGUUGAAUAAAUGUACAAGAUGGGAACCACAGUGUCCCUUAACGUUGGA